CUCUUGCUGCUCAUGUGAUUGCCGCUACCGUAUAUACAUAGGUAUGUACAAAUACCCCGCUUUUUUCUAUCGUCUCUUACUCCAUCUACUAUUGUAUGCACGUCAUUCUUUUGGCGCAUGCAAUUAGCUGCUUUCGACAUGUUCCUCCUCUCGUAUGAAUUUUUCCCCCGUUGACCCUUCGCGCUUUGCUUGGAAGGUUGACGGAUUGUAUCCUUCAAAACGCGCCACCUACAAUGACAAGAUCCCCUCUCUGCCAAGCAGUACCGGCUGGCUGAUGAUGCGGGUAAUAUACGUUUAUCUCAUAAUCAUCGCAUCCAUGCUUUUGUCGUCCCUGGUGUUUGUGCCGUAUUUUACUAAUCGCGAUUCCUCAAACUACAAAUGUCGAAGAUUACUAUUCUCUCGAACUUCAUAGAUUGUAUGUGUCGUGUUUAGAACAGUAUGUCGCAUGGAGAAGAGUACCUUGGCUGGUUAGUAGCUUACUUUGACUGGUAGAGGAAUCCAGAAUCCUUCGCUACACUGCGGGGUACGACACAGAUAUUUGACUUUGCUCGUAUUCGAUGACUCCGUAUUCGUGAACACAAGCUUCGAGAGACCUAUCUGCGCAGUCUAUAUAUCAUCAUUCCAGCAGUGAAAUUAUACAAAAUGUUAUGUCAGCGUUGCAUUACAUCUUUGCAACUGGCCUUUGCAAACCUGUCUCCUUCCACACACGACCCCAACGCAGACGAGUCCGGUGUCGAACACCACGGAUCCUUCGAUGAACUACAUACUUCUGUCCUCCGAGGUUGCUUAGUGUGCCGGGCUUUCUGGAACUCCAUGCUACAGACGUUUGUUCUGUUAGCAGCAAUGGAUCAUGUCGGCUAUAAGAAAGACUUUACGAACACCGGUAAAGCAUCAUCCGAUAUUGCAGAAAACAUAGCGCUGGAGUCUAGCCUUUUAAAACAGCAUGAUAUGAUGACUUCACCAAUCAUAUUGCGCUUGUCCUGGGGUAGAAACACAGAGUCGGGACGUAUUGUGUUCGGCACAGAGGACUUCUCUAAUCCCAAUUAUCAUAAUUGUCGUUUCUUCUUGGAGCCAUUGGCCGAAGGACAUAGAAUCUCUAAGAAUGGAGUGCUUGAUCAUUGGACCCCCACACUUUGGAAUCACUGGUUGCAUACAUGUUUGUCAUCUCACAAAACAUGCCGCGCGCCGGACAAUACAUCGCAAUCCUUCACCCCCGAUAGACUGGUAAAAAUAAACAGUAAAAACAACGGCGCAUCAUUCCAAUGGAGUAUUGCACUUCGUAAGGAUAUAGGCGAUGUCCCGUAUUUAAGUCUAAGUCAUUGUUGGGGCUCCUCUGGACAUACUAGUCUAACGACUGAAAACUAUACUCGAUUCUUGGAACCCAGCGAGGCUUCCGAGCUACCAAAGACAUUUCAGCAUGCGAUAAAAGUGUGUUUUUCCCUGGGGUUUCAAUAUAUCUGGAUUGAUUCGAUAUGCAUCAUCCAGGACAGUUUACAAGACUGGGAAACCCAAGCGUCCAUGAUGGGUUCAGUAUAUGCGAAUUCCCGCUGCAAUAUAGCUGCGGCUUCCGCCUCAAAUGGAAACGAUGGAUGCUUCCCAUCAGAUGAAGACAGAAUGCCCACAGUGUCUCUUGGUAGCAGAAAUCCGAAUGUCUACAGCAUUACUCCAUACUACACUUACGACAGUGAAGUGCGCAACGCCCCACUCAACAACCGAGGCUGGGUCACACAAGAAAGAUAUCUUUCCAGACGUCAGAUACUUUUUGCAACGAGCCAAGUCUAUUGGGAAUGUAAAGAGCUUGUCGCGUCUGAGCAUCUUCCCAUGUAUGACCCCUCUUAUGCGGUAGACAGAGAGGCGGCACUUUCAGAAAAGCCGGACUGGACAGCAAAAACAACAGAAAAGCAUAGAGAAUCUUGGAAUGAUUUGAUUCGUUAUAGUUCGAAAUGCAAAUUCUCCAGGAAUUCAGACAAAUUGAUUGCAAUUGCUGGCCUGGCGGAGCAGAUGAGGAGUGCGAUACAGGACAAGUACAUCGCUGGGAUGUGGGAGAAGGACCUUGUUAAACAACUUCUCUGGGAGGUGACAGCGAUCGGGCCCCGCUCUAGGGCGUCAACUUACCUGGGCCCGACCUGGUCUUGGGUGAGCAUUGAUGCGGCAGUGAACCCAGCUUUAUGGUAUCAUUAUGACAUGGCGUGGUCCCCUACAAUUGAAGUCAUACAUGUAAAGGCCCCGUCCACGCAUGCCUCAGGCUUACAUAGCUUCAAGAACUGUCGGCUUGUAUUGCGAGGGCUUGCUUUUUGGGCUUGUCUCACCAACAAUACUGAAACUAUGGAGAGGCGCUAUGCGUACUGUCAAGCAGAGAUGAAUUUCCAUAACGAAGAACCUACCAAACAUCACGAUGGACCUCACGAUCCCAGUCAGCAAUUUUCGCCCUUGAUUACCUGGGAUGAGAAAUUCGUGGAAAACGAGGUAACGCCUGAAGAAUGGCAAGCAUUUCAAAAAGAGAGAAAUUCAACUCAUCUACUACUAAUCGUAACACUUCGCGGAGUAUACGGCGUACAUGGUAUACUUCUUAGAAGACAGAUCGAUUCUUGUGGAAAGGAUCAAUACGUUAGAGCAGGAGUUCUUUGGGUGAAUAGGGAAAGAUUUUAUGGGUUUCUGUGUGAUAAGAUUGGUCUUCCAUAUGAUGACCACAUCGGAGAGAGCUUCAGUCUCGACGACCCUAAAUUAGCAAAGUUCGUACAUACAAUCACCAUGGUGUAG